UUGUUACCUUGCACCAUUUCAUGCAGAGCGCUAUAGAGAGGUUUUGGAGUUCAUUGAGUACAAAGGGGUUGACAAUCUACUGAAGGCAUUGCACAAAAAGUAUUUCAUUGUGGGAGACGAUGAGCUCUCUGUGCAUGGAUUACUCCGACCUUUACAAUCUGAGACCGAUAUCACGACACUCAGGAAUAUGAAGCAUCACUCCCUCGCUGACUGUGUCUUAUCUUGCAUGCCAAUUACCAAUAGAGUUGGGGUUUCUAUCUGGGAGGAAACAUCACUUGUGCGGAUUUUUGACGCAUUGGUGGAAAUCGUCGAGCAAAUUGAACGCAUGGAGGAUAUAGGCUUAUACCACGGGGAUGUCAGUGAAGGGAACAUUUUUACUGGCACUCGUGACGGAAAGAACAAGGCAUGGUUGGGUGAUCUUGAAUUUGAGUGUGUUGACAGAUUGGACGGAGACGAUACUGAGAAAGCCAAGCUAUCUGGCACAUCCUCCUUCAUGUCGGAAGCAGUACUCGUUGCAAUUUAUUCGGGGCAGACACACUCACAAUCUGGUGUAGAUGAUUUAGAGUCUCUGAUGUGGGUACUGCUCUGGUUCUUCUAUCACACCUGUCCACAUGAGAACGAACGGGGAUGGACUCACCUUCUGUACAACAUGAAUUUUGUCUCCCACACUUCUCCGCCUCCUUCCAUGGAGGCCGAUGGAAAGUGCCUCAAGUUGAGACCGGUAUCGGUGCGGGGGCAAGAUCCAUUGUACUUCUUUCUCAGUGAUGCUUAUUUAGCAAGCCUUAUGAAAUCUACAACCAAGCAAGUGUACCACCUGCCACCGGGGGGCUAAAAUGGGCCCCAGGCGCUCUUGUCACUCUAUUCCAGGAUAUCUGGGGUCUUG